AUGGGUGAAAAUGAAACUUAUAAAGAAGCAAGCCUAACCACAGGUUUGUUGGUUAGCGAUAAUAAUAAUAUGAAAAAUAAUGAAAAUAGAAGUAUAGAAUUAAAUAACACUAAUUCGAACAAUUUGAGUAGGGAAACAAAUAAUAAUAAUUUGGGAAAAAAAUAUAAUUUUAAUUAUAAUAACUUGAAUAUAAGCAAUAAAAAGUUUUUGCUAAAUAAAAAUCAUCUAUAUAUUAAAGCGGGUAUAAAACAAGGAGCUAAUAAUUCAAAAAAAUUUAUGAACAAAGGAAAUAUAGAUAAUAGAAAUGUUAAUGUAAAUAACAAUGCUAUAGCAAAUACUGAUAAGUUUUCUGAUAAAUUAAAUAAUAAUUAUAAUAUAGAAAAUUCAGGUACUGAAAAUAAUACGUAUACUGAACAGAGAAAUGAAUAUAAUUAUUCUAAUAUUAAUUAUAAUCAUGAUUCAGAAAAUGGAGUUACAUUUAAUAUAAGAGGAUGUGCUAACAACAACAUAAACAAUGGUAAUAAUAAUAUUAUUCAAAGAAAAAGAAGAACUAAUAAAUUUGAAUCGGGAAAUCAAAACUAUAAAAAUAAACAAAAAAAAUUUUAUAAUACAACAGUUAGUGAUUCAUUAAAAAGAUAUAAUAAUAAUAAUUCUAUAAAUGUGAAUAAUAUAAGUAGUAAUGAAGAAAAUGAGAAUAUUCAAGAUUUUUCCAAUAUUGAAAUUAACAAAAUUAGUAAUGAACUUAAUAAAAGACAAUUAAAUAAUAAUAGAAAUUUAAAAAAUUUUAAAAAUUUAAAUAACAAAAAAAUGUUUGAUAAUAUAACAUUCUCGAUAAACAAAUACUUAAAUUCUAACGUAAAUUUCCAGAAACAUAAUAAUGAUCAAAUAAACAAUUCAUAUGGAAAAGUUAAAAACAAAAUGACAUAUAAAAAUUUGAAAAUUAAAAAUAAAGAAAAUUUUAAUGUGCCUAACGAUAUAAGAACUCACAAUUCUACAUCUAAUAUAUCAAAUGAGUAUAUAAAUCACAAAACAAAUAUAGAUAAUGUAAAUAAUAUAAAUUCUAUAAACAAUUUGAUUCGUGAAAUAAAUGACGAUCAAGUAAUAGAAAAUAUAUCCAAUUCAUCUAAUUAUGAGAAUAUAAAUCUAUUAGCACAAACCUUUAAUUAUGAAAAUGUGAAAAUUUUGAAAACUCAUCUGGAGGGGAAUAUAAAUAGUGCAAAUAUGAUGGGCAAAAAAAGGAAUAAUAUAUAUUCUAAUAUUGAAGAAAAUAAAGAUAAUUCUAAUUUUUUUAGUUAUAUAGAAUGGCUAAGUGAGGUUUCAGAAAUAACUGACGAGGAAAAGGAUAUCGAAGAUAUUAAUAAUAACAAUAAUAGAAAAAAUAAUAAUUUGAGAUGGAGCCAUCAUUUUAACAAUAGCACCUUUAACAACACAAACAGCGAAGCAUCUCAUUUAAGUUGUUCACAAAUAAAUUCAAAGGAGUUUCAAAAUGACCAAAUUGUGUCAGAUAAAAUGAAAGGGUUGUAUUAUCAGUUUGGAAAAUAUAACUAUCAAAAUGAACAAGUAGAAGAAUUUGGACAAAAUGAAAAUGUGACAAACACAAUUGAUAAUAAAAAAUUUAACGAAAAUAAUAAACUUCCAUAUUUUGAGGAAAAUAAAAAUCAAGGAAAAUUAGAAAGUGAUAAUAUAUCCGAUCCGCAUUUAACUAUAUAUAGUUCAGAAAAAAAAAAUGAUGAUUUUAUAGAAGGGGAAGCAGAAUUUGAUACUUAUGGAAUGGGAGAAAUAAAUUCAGGAAACUUAAUAGAAGCAAAAAAUGCAUCUAGUUCGAACAUAUUAAAGAACCCAAAUAAUUUGAAUAAUAUAAUCUCUUCAAAUUUGAUUCAAGAAAAUGAAAUAAAUAAAUUUCCAGAACCAAUUAAUCAUAUACCUAUAGAAGAUUUAUUUAUAACUUCAUACAUGCCAUAUCCCCCUGAAAAGUAUAAUAAUAUAUACGAUUUACAUGAAAUAAAAAUAAUAUCACCACAUAUAUUAAAAACAAUAGUUCAUAAAAAAGGAAAAACAUAUCAUUCGUCUUUAAAAGAUGGAAAACUAAUUUUAUUAUUAGAUUUAGAUAAUACAUUAUUGCAAGCUACAUCAUUUGCUAAAUUUAACAUGGAAUUACCUUUAGAAAAUUUUAUAGGCGAAAAUGAUGAACCCGAAUUAUAUAAAUUUUUUUUACCUUAUUAUAAUUUUUUUUAUUACUUAAAAUUUCGACCUUAUGUUCGCCAAUUUUUAGAGAUAUUAUCAUUAUAUUAUGAAUUAUCUAUAUAUACUAAUGCAACAAGAGAAUAUGCAGAUGUAGUUAUCGCGAUUCUAGAUCCCGAUAGAACCAUUUUUGCUGAUCGGAUAGUUGCUAGAUGUAGUAGCGUAGAUAGAGAUGAAAAUAAACAUUUUGAAAAAAUUUAUCCAAAUGUUGAUCCAAAAUAUGUAAUAGCAUUUGAUGACAGAAAAGAUGUUUGGUUUGAUAUACCUCAUUCUCACAUUUUAAGAGCAGAACAUUAUAAUUUUUUUGAAUUAAGUAAAUAUGACAUUAUUUCACAUUUUAAAGAACCUAGUACAUGCAAAAAAAGAUUUGUAGAUAUGGAUAUGCAUCUACAUUAUAUGAUCAAAAUCUUUUUAAAAAUUCAUAAACAAUUUUUUGAAAAUCCAUUAAAUGUAGAUGUAGGCAAAAUUAUAGAUAAUAUUAUGCUUAGUACAUUAUCAAAUGUGGGAUUAUAUUUUACAGGAUUUAGAAAAAAUUCAAAAAAUUUACAAAAUGUUAUUUCAACAGAUUGUGAAGAAAGGCAAAAAGAAAUAGCAUUAGAAUUAGGAGCUAAAAUUUAUUCUAAUUAUGAUGAUCCUGGGGUUACACAUAUUAUUGCUGCUAAAAACUGUACAGAUAAUUUAAUUAAAUCAAAACAAUCAAAUUAUAACCAUAUUGAAAAAGUCCAUACAUUAUGGUUAUAUCAUUGUAAAGGUACGCUUCAAAAUGAUAAAUCGUCACUAUUCAAUGCAGAUGAUCUUUGCAAAAUUUAUAAUAACAAACCUCCUUUACAUCCAAAAAAGGAUCAUUGGUUUUUUGGGAAUAAAGAUGCAGAAAAAAAACAAGAUAACAAAAAUGAUUGUGUUAAAAUUGAAAAUUUGAAAUCUCGUAUAUUUCUAGGUACGGGGGAAUACACAAAUGAUGCUGUUAUAUGCUCUCCUUAUGAACAAAUAAAUAUUAAAUGGAUAGAAAAAGAAGUUAAAUUACGACAAAUAUAUGAUAAUGUUUCAAAUUUUAUGGCACAGGAUAAAACUAUAAAUCUUAGAUUAGUUGAAAAGAGAAGUAAUGGUGAAACAGAAAAAAAUAUUAGAAAUUCAAAUUUUAUACUUCCUUCUGAUUUAGAUAUAUCUGAUAAAGUUAUUCAAAAUGACAAAUAA